UGAUAUUUCUCAACUUCAGAUUUUGUGGUCAUCAACAUGAGUUUCUCUAGCCGCAGCUAUGUCCAGUCCAGCAGAUAUGGGGUGGCGCCCAAGGCCUUCAGUGUAACUGGCAGCUCUGAAAGAGUUAGGAUGGCAUCAGCUAGCCGUAGUUUCUCCAGUGUUGGCGCUGGAUACCCUGAAGUGAGUAGCUUCAGCAUCAAUGGCAAAGAGACCAUGCAGAAUCUUAACGACCGCCUGGGCAACUACCUGGAACGUGUCCGCUCUCUGGAACAUGCCAACAGUGAACUGGAAAUCAAGAUUAAAGAGUUUUAUGACAAAAAGGCAGCUAUGGGCCCACGUGAUCUAAGUGGCUACAUUGAUACCAUCAGCAAGCUGCGUGACCAGGUAACUCACUUAAGCAUGGAAAAUGCCAAGAAAGUCCUGGAGAUUGAUAAUGCCACACUGGCUGCUGAUGACUUCAAAAUGAAGUUUGAGGCUGAGUUGGCCAUAAGGCUUGGAGUGGAUAAUGAUGUCAUUGGCCUGCGCAGAGCCCUAGACGAGUUGACUCUCAACAGGUCAGAUCUGGAAUUGGAGCUUGAAGGACUGAAGGAAGAGUUAAUUUUCCUAAAGAGGAACCAUGAAGAGGAACUUGCUGCUUACAAAAGCCAGGCAGGAGGCACUGUGAAUGUGGAGAUGAAUUCAGCCCCUGACGUUGAUCUGUCAAAAAUUUUGGCAGAAGCGAGGGAACAGUAUGAACAACUUGCCGAAAAGAGUCGUCAGGAAGCAGAGACUUUGUACUUACAGCAGUGUGAGCCUCUGUACAAGGAAGUUGAAUGCAAUACUGAAGCUAUCCACUUAUCAAAGACUGAAAUCACAGAUCUGAAACGCACAGUGCAAAGCCUGGAGAUCGAGUUACAGUCUCUCAUGAACAUGAAACAAAUGCUGGAUAGCACGUUAUCAGAAACAGAGGCUCGCUACAGCGCUCAGUUGGUUCAGCACCAGGCUAUGAUUUCCCAGAUAGAGGCUGAGCUCCAGCAGGUCCGGUCAGAUUCAGGGCGCCACUCUAUUGAGUACAGUAAGCUCCUUGAUGCCAAGGCAAGACUGGAGCUGGAAAUCGCCACAUACAGACGUCUGCUGGAUGGGGAAGACUUAAGUAUGUCACAAUCAACACAUAAUACUCAGAAAGCUGUGGCUAUCUGUACAGAGAAUACCAACACAGUAACAACCGUAGUGAGGCAGAGAACUAUGAUUGAAGAAACAGUGGAUGGAAAAGUGGUAUCUUCAAGUAAUACAGAAGUUAUCCAACAAUCUUAAAUGAAACAAACAUGAAGAGUGAAGGAGCUGCUAAAUCGUGGUUGAUGCAGUACAUUUAAAGAAAGCAACAAGAAAAUAAAGACUAAUGUUUGACCAAAGUUUACAUGAUACACAUUUUGUGUUUGCUCAGUUCUUUUUGCACAAACCCGUUGCACUACCAUGAUGCCAAAAUAAAGCCUUUUUUCGAUUUUGAAA